AUGAAUCCCGGUCCUGCGCCACGCCCACCCGCAGAACGGCCUCGCCUCGGCCUAACGCCCAACAUAAAUCUUCCUGGGAGCAUGUCGAGCAUGAGCCUUGCCUCUCCUGCGACUAGCACGUACAGUGGAUCCACCAUUGCCCUUCCCAUCGCGCGCCAGAACUCCAAGACGGACGGCUCAGGCGGUCUCGCCAUAAUCAAGCAAGGGCCGGCGCAGGUGAAAGAGACCGGGGGUCUGUUCAGCCUCUGGAAAAACAGAUAUCUAAUUUUGCGCCAAAACACCCUGGAUUUUCACAAAGAUGAGGGUACCAAAGUCUCAUACCAGCUGAGCCUGAAAGAGGUUAUCCACGUUGGACGAGUUGAAGCCAUAGGCGCCAUCUUUGAAAUCAAGAGAAGGACUGACGGCGGAUCUGGAGCAACGACCGGCGAUGACGAGGACAGGGGCAUCAAGACGCUUCAGAUUCGCGUCAAGGCUGAUGACGAACUCUAUGAGUGGGUUGAUCUCAUCUAUGCUCGUUCCACUUGCGGUGUGAGCAAUCCGACAAACUUCUCACAUGCCGUCCAUGUUGGAUUUGAUCCCAAGACCGGCGACUUCGUCGGAUUGCCUCCAGAGUGGGCUAAGCUCUUGAAGUCCUCAGCCAUCACCGCCGAGGACUAUGAGAGGAAUCCCCAAGCGGUGUUUGAGGUUCUCGAUUUUUACUCUGAUCUCACGAAACGGGCCGAGAAGGAGGCCCAGGACAUCAGCCCCACAAACACGCCGGGGAGCAGUGCGACCAGUCUUCAAAUGCAACAGUUGGGCUAUGCUGGCGGCAACUCUGUUGCGCCGCCGCGACCCCCUGUGCAACCGAUGCAGUCUAUGCAAUCCAUGCAACAGAUGCAGCAGAUGCAGCAGAUGCAGCAGAUGCAGCGGAAUCCCAGCAAUUACACGCAGAAUCCGUCUCCUCAGCCUCCGGCCAACGAGUUUCGCUGGCCAUCGCCAACCGAGGCGCAACAACGCGCAGAGAUGCAGCUCCAUGACCUGUCGCCAGCCUACAUUCCGACUGAGCGUAGCCGGGAGGAGCAGCGGAUGAGAGAGCAGGAUCGGCAGAGAGAGGCGGAGGAGCAACAAGCGCGUCGAGAGUUGGAAGAAUAUAAUGCGUCCCUCCCCAAGACGCGGACACCACAGGCCCAGCAAGAGAUUGGCGCAACAGGUGGCUUCACAAGCCCUCCAAAUGCUGGAGAUAGGUUUAAUCCAAGUCGAGCUGCUCCGCCAGCACCCAAGGCGCAACCGGCUCAGAGUCUCAGGGCGCAAAGGCCCGCUCCCUCCCCGCCAGUGGGCACUGGUGUCUCGUCGUCUCGUAGCCCUCAGAUGGCGCAACAGUCCAACUCUCCUCUGAUGCGCGAUGUCGUGUCUCCGGCACUGUCCCAGAAGUCUCCGCAACCUAAUCAAGUCAACGGCGUAGCCUCCCCCUCUCUACGAUACCCCAACGGGGCAACAUCGUCUCCGCGGUCUGCAAACGGAUCACCUCAAGUGCAGCCGUCACGGCUACCGGCGCCUGUGAAGCCUCUCAAUGUAGCCAAGCCUAUACCAUCACCAGACGCCGUGAAGGCUGCUGAGGCUGCUUUAACGUCAAAGCCUUCCCCGACAGAGCGGAAGCAGGAUGUUCGCAUGUCAACCAUGACGGAGAGCGAAGUAAUGGCGAAGCUGAAGAAGGUCGUGUCGCCGACCGAUCCUCUUACACUGUAUUCGAAGCAGAAAAAGAUUGGUCAGGGCGCGUCGGGAUCCGUCUACGUUGCCAAAGUUAACAUGUCUAACCCUGGGGCUCCCCGUGGCAAUGACAAGGUUGCCAUCAAGCAAAUGGAUCUCGCGCACCAGCCGCGCAAGGAACUAAUUGUCAACGAAAUUUUGGUCAUGAAGGAAAAUAAGCACCCGAAUAUCGUCAACUUCCUCGACGCGUUCCUGAGAAACAACAACACGGAACUCUGGGUGGUCAUGGAGUAUAUGGAGGGUGGCGCCCUAACUGAUGUCAUCGAGAACAACCCCAUCAUUACCGAGGAACAGAUUUCCACGAUUUGCCUCGAGACAUGCCAGGGUCUCGACCAUCUCCACUCGCAAAAAAUCAUCCAUCGCGAUAUCAAGAGCGACAAUGUCCUUCUAGAUGCUCGCGGAAACGUCAAAAUCACUGACUUUGGUUUCUGCGCCAAGCUCACGGAGGCUAAGUCGAAGCGGGCUACUAUGGUCGGUACACCCUACUGGAUGGCUCCCGAGGUAGUCAAGCAAAAGGAAUACGGUCCAAAGGUCGAUAUCUGGUCUCUUGGAAUCAUGGCCAUUGAGAUGAUCGAGUCAGAGCCGCCAUACCUGAACGAAGAGCCGCUCAAGGCCCUCUACUUGAUCGCCACCAAUGGAACGCCGCGCCUCAAGAAGCCCGAGAAGCUCAGUAAGGAGCUCAAGGCUUUUCUUUCAGUCUGCCUGUGUGUAGAUGUGAAGAGCCGCGCCUCAGCAGAAGAGCUGCUGCAGCACGACUUCCUCAAACACGGCUGCCCGCAGGCGAGUCUUGCGGAGCUUCUUUCGUUCAAGGGGGCCAAAUAG